AUGCAGCUCCCUUCCCUCCUCCUCCCCCUCACCCUCGCCCUCGGCGCCAACGCCCUCGGCCGCGCCGUCGUCGUCAAUCGCUGCCCGACCGAAGUCACCCUCUGGUCCGUCGGCGGCUCCGUCUCCGCGGCCAACACGCUCUCCCCCAACGGCGGCUCCUACGGCGAGACCUUCGUGCGGGACGCGACCACCGGCGGCAAGUCGCUCAAAGUCACGAACGCGAGGGACGGGCUGUACACCGGCGCCGCGCAGCUGAAUUUCGCGUAUAACCUGGACGGGAGCCAGGUGUGGUAUGAUCUGAGCACGGUGUUCGGGGACGCGUUCGCGGGGAAGAAGAUCACGGUCAAGGGGAAGGCUGGGUGUGGCGAGAUUGUGUGGGCGGCGGGCACGAAUCCGGGGGGCAGCCAGGUGAAGGUUUGUGGGAGCGAUGGGGAUGUGACGUUGACGCUUUGUGCGGCUUAG